AUGCCCGUAUUAUUUGGCUUUCUCCUGUUGUCCCUUCUGCUAUUCGAUUUUUAUGACACACUAAAGUUAAGAAGCAGUGCAGAUCGUAUCAUCCACGUGUCUGAAAAGGGGGGCUAUUUGCCGAACCCAUGGUCGUUGAGGCAUAGUACCAAUGCAAGGCAUCUCUUUAUUCACAACAAGAAUGGGUUCGAUGGGAGACUCAAAUGUGACAGGAAGAACCCGGGUGUGAAUCGGAGGAAGGAGGAACUGUUCCUCAGUAGAGACGAACCUAGCUUUGCAAAAAAUGAGAUGAAAAUGGAGACCUUUAAAAGUCCAAGUGGGAAUGAAUUCCUGUGCACCAAACUGAUGAUGAAUGGUGAAGAAAAAAGGUUCAUCUUAGACCUGUGUAGCGACAACAGUUUUUUAUUUUUUCGAGGAGAGGAAUUUCCAUUUAGAAACGUACAAAGUGUGCACGAAGAGCUUUAUCUGAACAAUACAAAAAUACAAGUAGAGAGAGUGGUGAAGGCAAAGGAGAGUAGAGACAAGAAAUUGUUUCAGUUUUACCUAAUGGAAGACAAAGAGCUGGAUAAAAAUUUAGAUGGGAUUAUUGGCUUUGAUUUCUUUACCAACUAUGAUACCUUCCUAUUUGAUACCAUAAAUAUGAAUAUAGAACUAGGUGUGGACUCCGCUUCGAAUCUGAUACAGCAGUGGGGAAGAAGCACCCCCGAGGGACACUGUCACAAGGUAGAACUGCACAAGUAUAGCAAUCACAUAAAGUAUUUCAACGUAGAUGUAAAUAACCACCUGUAUAAGGGUCUCCUAGACUCGGGCACUUCAAAGACGCUCCUCAUUAACAGUAGUGUGAAGUUGGAAAGGGAAGACCAACUUGCUGACAGUGACAGCGUCCAUGUUGAGAACAUACUAAAUCAGAGGUUCACAGUGAGAAAGGUAAAAAAGAUUAACCGAUUUGCUAUCCUGUCGAAGGAUAGUCAAGUAGGAGGAAUGAUACCUCUUCAAAUGGAGGAAGUAUAUGCAAGUGAAAAUAUGUUCCCAUAUUUGGACUCCAAUGUGGCUUUGCUGGGUUUUGAUUUUUUGCUGAAUCGGAAGUUCCUCAUCGAUGUAAAGAACGGAAUGCUUUACAUGUAUUGUGAAUCAACUAGCUGUUCACCUCACCCCAUCAGGGAGGGCAACUCUUCUGUUGGAGGUAGUCCCACCCCUGGGGUAAGUAACUCCACCAUUAUUGACCAACUGAAGGUGGAGCAGAAAUGUGCAGAGAUAUAUGAGAAGCUGAAAAGCAAAGAACUAAGCUUUCUCAAAAUAACAAACGAGUUAGAAAAGGAUAACAUAGAUAUGCACGAUUGUAAAAGUACAAACGAUGUGAUUAGAAGGUAUGCCAUAAAGGUACUGUAUGGGAAGGAACAACUCCCAAGGAGAGAACCAAGGAGAGAACCAACUAGAAAGGACCCCGAGUUUGAACAAAGGUACAAGGAAAUGACUAGCUUUUUUAAGAAACUCUCCUCAGAAGAGAAACAGAACAUGCUAAAUAGGAUGGUUCACUCUUUGAGGAACGAUUAUAGAGUCGGUGGGGGGGACUCUCCAACAGGAGGAUCUGAUCCAACGAAUGGGGAACACUCCCUGCGUGAUAAUCACGAGUACGAACGGGCAUCCGAAAUAUUAGAAAAAUACGUAACGUACGAAAUUGAGAAGAAGCAGUAUUCCUUGCACCGAUUUAAGUCUUGCAAUGCAAAUCGAAGGAGUGAAAAGGCAGUAGAUGAGGAGUAUAACCAAUUGAGUGCAUUGUAUAAUGCCCACCCUGAGUUUAGCUUCGAAAUAUUAAACGAUUUUAAGAGGGAGCUUUCUGGUAAACGAAUAAACGUGAACGCACUGCAGAGUGAAAAUGAAAUAAUUCGAAAAGUGGCAGAGACGAGGGUGUAUAACCAGAAUGGUAAUGUAAAUAAGGAGAGUAGAAAUAGGAAGAGGAAAAAUAUCAUUGUGAGGAGAUUCUCAAAUGAUGAUAAUAAUAUACACACACAAAUAAUAAUUAGACGUAGUGGAUUGGAUCAAAAUGACGAUGAAAAUGAGGACGACGUAGGGGAAGGGAAGGAAGGGAGGGAUGGCAAGUAUAAUCAGUACGGAAACCUUGACAGAAUGGAUGAUCUCUUCCCUAACUCUCUAUUUUCAGGAAUAUUUAAAAAUUUCUUCGGGGAUAGCAACCGAAGUGAACACUACCGUAGUAGUGGGGGGGAGGACAGUGACAGGGAGGGAGAUGAUGAAGGAGAAGAACACACGGAUGGAGAUUUACUCUCCGAAUUGAACAACUUCUUCGGUUUCGGUAACAUGGGGGAAAACCUCUUUAGGAAAAAAAAAAAGAGCGUCAUAGGAUUCAAAACGAAGGAGCCCACGGACAUGAACGCUGGAGCAGAAGGCGAGGAUAAGAAGAGAGGGAGCAGCACUUCGGGUGGCACGUCGGACGGCACUUCGGGAGAUAUUUCGAAUGACAUUUCGAACGCCAUAAAGGAGGAGAAGGACACGGAUAUUAUUUACUUGCUCAACAAGGUGCAGAAGCUCAAUGAUGCCAAUUUGAAGAGCUUCAUUUUGCAGUCGCUCAAGAAUGACAACGUGCGUAGCAUCCUCGUCGACGCGCUCAAGAAGGGCUACCAGAGCGCCCACGAGCAGUGCCGCGCGCAGGGCGACAACAAGGGGAUGUACCUCCUGCAGAUGUUGAAGCAAACCGGCAUCUUCUGA